AGCGCCGCAACGGUCACAUUUAUCUUCCCCGAUCCAGCAUCUUCUUCAACUUACAUACACACAGGAGGAAAAACCUAAUUUUUGGGUAGAUUCUCUAAUUCUAAUUUUGGGUGGAUUCUCUAAUCAAGAUCGAUUAUUUUUCGCCUUCUCCUUGUUCUUUUGAUUCCAGAUUAUUCUUCUAUGGAGUCGUCAAUUUUGAAGAAUGGCAAACCAGCGACUCCGGUGAAGGAUCGGAGCAAGUUUCAGCCCAAGGUUCAAGAGACAUUCAGAUCGACGGAGAACGCAAACCCUAACAUUUCGCUAGCGAGCCCAGCCAAGUCUCCGCUCACGAAAUCUGCUAAUUCGAAGAAAUCGGCGCAGAAGAACCCGAGUCCGAACCCUAAACCCAGCCAGGCGGUUUUCUCUCCCCGGAAUCGGAUCAGAGAGAGGAGGUUUGUUGUGGUGGCGAAAAAGAAUUCGAGGAAGGGGAAGAAGGAUGCGGAGUCGACUGUUGCUGCUGAGAUAGACUGCAAAUGCGGAGAGAGGAAGAAGGGGAACAUGAAGUGCGUUUGCGUUGCGUAUGAAACGCUGCGUGCGUCGCAAGAGGAGUUCUUCAAAAAACGAAAUGAAUCGGAGGAGGAAAAGGCGGGCUUAGAGGAGUGCUGUGAUCUCGGACAUGGAGAUGAGGUAGAAGGAGAAGAAUCUGGGGAACCGGAGCAAAAGGGCGGCGCUUCCACAACGAAGAGGCCAAGGGCCAAGACGGUGGAAGAAUCACGGAGAAGUGUGCCUGAAUCCGGUAAAGUGAUGAACCUUGUAGAAGCAUUUGAGAAACUCACUUGCUUCACUCUUUCAAAGUCAGCCAACAAGAAAGAAGAAGAGGACCCAACCGUAGAGGAUAUAAAGAAGCCUGGAAUGAGAGAGCAAUCAAAGUUCUUGGAGGGAGAGAAAGAGCAACAUUCAUGGAGCUCUUCGUUUUCUCCAUCUGAAUUGGUCUUAACAGCUAAGAAUCUCGGGUUAGACCUCAAUGCCUCGAUUUCUUCGUCCUGGGACAGCAGCCACGGAAGUGUUUUGAGUGGAAGUUCAAAUGCUGGCAGGAAAAGCAGAAGAAAUAGCUUGGACUCAUCGACUACAAUGGGAAGCAGAAGAUCAAAGAAGAAGCAGGUUAAGGUCACUUCAUUGAAGCCAUUCAAACUUAGAACUGAGCAAAGAGGUAGAAUGAAAGAGGAAGAGUUUGCAAAGAAGCUGCAAGAAAUGACGAUGGAGGAAGAGAAGAUGAGAAUCCCCAUUGCUCAAGGUCUACCUUGGACAACCGAUGAACCUGAGUGUCUGGUUAAGCCUCAUGUGAAAGAUAUUACAAUACCAGUCGACUUGACACUCCACUCAGAUGUCCGAGCAGUAGAACGCGCAGAAUUUGAUAAUCAGGUUGCCGAGAAGAUGAGCUUCAUUGAGCAAUAUAAAAUGGAAAGAGAAAGACAACAGAAGUUGGCAGAGGAAGAAGAGAUAAGAAGGCUGAGGAAAGAAUUGGUCCCAAAAGCGCAGCCAAUGCCAUACUUUGAUCGACCAUUCAUUCCAAGAAGGUCGAGCAAACAUCCAACUGCACCACGAGAUCCCAAGUUUCACAUACCGCAGCACAAGAAGAUCAGAUGCUGCAGUUCAUCUUCAUGGAGUGAAACUGGCUCCUGCAUGAGCGAUCUCCAUUACCAGUAUCUCUAAAAGAAAGCUUCUUUUGGGUUUGCAGUAGUAUUUUCCUGUCUAUAUUGUCAUUUUUCAAACUACAUUAUCUUCUGUAAGAGAUUCAAAUGAAGCAACCAAUUAGUUGCAGUUUUAUUGAUUUUCCAAUCAUUCCUGUUCAACCUUUGUAAUAAAUCUGGUUAUACACCCCCUCAAGAAAAAAUGAGAAAGAUUUCAUAUUUGUUUGCAAAA